AUGGAACUUGACCCCAACGGAGACUACGAUCUCACAACCCAAAUCACUUCCACAUCUGGAUUUCGCCAAGGUCUGACAUCCUAUGGAGAUGCUCAUUUCUCCCUCUUUCUCCGCAAAGUCUUUAUUAAGGCACUCGGAUAUUCAGAAGAUGCCCUUUCACGUCCCAUCGUGGGCAUUAUCAACACUUUCUCGGGGUUCAAUCCCUGCCAUGCCAACGUGCCACAGCUCAUUGAAGCUGCUAAGCGCGGCGUACAACUCAAUGGAGGACUGGCAAUAGAAUUCCCUACCAUCAGUGUGGCCGAAUCAUUCUCGCAUCCAACCAGCAUGUUCUUGCGGAAUCUUAUGAGCAUGGAUACGGAGGAGAUGAUACGGGCACAGCCGUUGGAUGCUUGUAUAAUGAUCGGAGGCUGUGAUAAAACCGUCCCUGCUCAGUUGAUGGGUGGCAUCUCUGCCAAUAAACCAAUCCUACCACUUAUCACCGGUCCAAUGCUGCCAGGGAACCACCGUGGUCAGCGUAUUGGAGCAUGUACUGAUUGCCGAAACAACUGGGCGGCUUUUCGAGCGAGUGAGAUUGACGUCGAGGAAAUUUUGGCCAUUAAUGAAGAACUUGCUCCAACGAUAGGGACAUGUGGUGUCAUGGGAACUGCUAGUACGAUGGCUUGUGUGACUGCUGCGUUGGGAAUGAUGCCGCUUCGGGGCGCAACUGCACCAGCAGUAUCCUCCGCGAGAUUGCGAAUUGCCGAGGAGACUGGCGCAAAUGCAGUUGUGAUUGCAAAGUCUAAGAGAAAGCCACAAGAAAUCUUGACGAAAGAAUCGUUCUGGAAUGCCAUCACAGUGCUCCAGGCUAUCGGGGGUUCGACAAAUGCCGUUGUUCAUCUGUUGGCUAUUGCGAAUAGGCAUCCAGAAUUGCAGGGAGUCAUCACUUUAGAUACUGUUGAGAAGAUUGGCCGCAGAACUCCACUAUUGAUUGAUCUCAAGCCGAGUGGAGAUAACUAUAUGAAUGAUUUCCACAAUGCAGGAGGCAUGAUGACGCUGUUGCAGGUGCUUCGCCCCCUGCUCCAUUUAUCUGCUAUGACAAUUACUGGACAAACUUUGGGUGAAGUUCUCGAUACGUCCCACUCCAAGCGACUUUCCUUUGCGCAACAGAUUAUUCGGCCAAUGUUUGACCCUUUAUUUCCCGCGUCAUCUCUGGCUGUACUGCGUGGCAAUCUUGCCCCAGACGGAGCGGUAGUCAAAGCCUCGGCGUCAAAGUAUCGGCACUUACUAUCCCACACCGGACUAGCUGUAGUAUUCGAGAAUUCAGCCGACCUUGCUCGGCGGAUCGAUGAUCCAAACCUAGUCGUGACGAAGGAUAGUGUGCUGGUCCUGAAAAACAUUGGUCCGGUUGGAAAUCCAGGUAUGCCGGAGGCCGGCCUUAUACCAAUUCCAAAGAAGCUAGCAGAGGCAGGAGUUAAGGAUAUGUUACGGCUUUCAGAUGGUCGAAUGUCGGGGACCGCAGGCGGAACCAUUAUCCUCCAUAUUUCGCCAGAAGCUGCGCUACCGGAGUCACCAUUUGGCGUAGUGGAGACCGGUGACUUGAUUAUUUGUGAUGUUGAGACUAGGAAGUUGCACUUUGAAGUACCCGAGGCAGUAUUGCAGACUCGCAUUGAGAAACGCAGACAGAGUCUUGUAGGAGAGACGCUGAUAAGAAAGCAGAGGAGAGGCUACCGCGGGCUGUAUGAGCGAUCGGUGAAUCAAGCGCAAGAGGGAGCAGACUUUGAUUUCUUAACAGCCGGAGGUGCUAGCAAAUUAAGAUCGAACGAUGCUCCAGACUUGAUUAUUGCAAUUCGAUUGAAUUUUCUACGUCAGGCCUCGUUUGCAAUGAGUUUUGAUCCUAUUCGCCCACGGGGGCGCCCAGCUCACACACCCGGCACAACGAUACUGGCCUACACACCUGACGGAAAACGGAUCAUUACCGGUGGUUCCAACUCGGCAAUUCGUAUCUAUACGGUCGGCGAAGAUGGAGAACCCAAAACAAUCGACGAAGGUAUUGACGCGCAUUUCGGCAUUGGUGCAACGAAUAGGACUUUCAUCAUGGGUGCUGAGGAUGGAACAGUCUGGAAAUACGACAUUAUGUUGGGCAAGAUGCAAAGCCUGCUUGUACGAUGCGCUUUGCCGGUCAGGGACAUUGCAGUGACAAGAGACGGACAAUGGGUUGCAGUAGCAAGCGAUGAACUCACAGUCAAGAUCGUGAAAGUCGACGACAUGACGCAAGUCAAGUAUCUCCGGGAACAGUCCAAGGGAACGAAACAUGUCACAUUCGAUCCUAGUGGCCGAUAUGCGUCAGUAUCCGGAACGGAUGGAAUCCUCUAUAUAUACUCCAUGCACGAAGAGGAGCCGGAGCUAGUCCGCAAACUCGAUGGAGUGAUUCGACGACUAGACCCAGAUUCCGAGGCGACAUCGAGGGCAGUGUGGCAUCCCGAUGGUACUGCAUUUGCUUCUGCCGAAGCAACCAGAGAUAUCUCUAUCUACUCUACCUCCGAGUGGAAGAAAGAGAAAACAUUUGCUGGUGGACAUACUGGCGACAUUACGGCCUUGAGCUGGGCCCCGAACGGAUCUCUUCUGGCAUCCGCAGCGACAGAUGGAUAUAUUGUGCUCUGGGAAGCAAAGACACAAAAGAUUUUGCAGCGAUACGACUUUGGAAACGUCAUGAACUUAUCCUGGCACCCGACCAAGAACUCGCUUUCGUUCACAACCUCAGACGGAGAGCUUUUCAUCUACGAUAACUUUGUGCCGAAAAAUCACGAGUCUCUGUUACAGAAACCGCUGCAGGCUGCUCCUAUCUUGCCCGGACCUCUAGGUGAGAUCUCCAACAAUGUUGGGCGAACCACACUGGCAGACCGGUCCAAGGAGGCCAUUCAGCGAGCGGCGAGGAGAGGAACUCCAGACUCACUGGAUGAUAUCCUUGGUGAAAAUGAUCAGAUGAUGGAUUUUGUCGAGGAUGAUGAUGGGGCUGGCUAUGCCGAUGAGGAGCUAAAUCUGUAUGGCAAGCGGCCAAACGAUCAUCUUGAUGACCUUGGCGGCACUAGUAAUAAGCGCCUUUACUAUGGUUUUGAAAAGCCCAAGGCCCACCCGCCUCUUCAACCCGGUAGCACGCCUUGGGCUGGGAGUAGGAGAUAUCUCUGCCUAAACUUGACGGGAGCUGUCUGGACAGUGGACCAGGAGACACACCACACUGUUACUGUGGAAUUCUAUGAUCGAGAAGCCCAUCGAGACUUCCACUUCACUGAUCCAUAUAUGUACGACAAAGCUUGUCUGAAUGACAACGGAACACUUUUUGCCAAUAACCCUUCGGAUGGUAGUCCAGCCAUUAUCUUCUACCGACCGCAUGAGACGUGGACUGCGCGGGCGGACUGGCGGACUGAAUUGCCCGAAGGAGAACAAAUUCAAGCCCUGGCACUCAGUGAUUCAUAUAUUGUCGCUGUGACAUCAAAGGACUAUGUUCGGGUGUACACUCUCUUUGGAACUCCUUACAAGGUGUAUCGACAGAAGAGUCCAGCCGUGACUUGCGCGGCCUGGCGUGACUACAUUAUGAGUAUCGGAAACGGUCCUAUAGGCGUUGAUGGCCAUACGACCUUACGAUACACGGUGGAGAAUGUUAAACGCGACGAGAUUUGCCAGAACGAAGACAUUGUCGCGCUUCCGGAAGGGGCUUCGCUACAGAGUGUUUUCUUCUCCGAUAAUGGGGAUCCUUGUAUAUAUGACUCGACUGGCGUCCUACUAGUUCUGCAACACUGGCGCACAUCCGGCCAAGCCCGAUGGGUACCGCUCCUGGACACAAAGCAAUUGGCACGUCUCGCAGGAGGACGGAAAGAAGAAACAUACUGGCCAGUGGCUGUCGCACAAGACAAGUUCCACUGUAUCAUUCUCAAGGGUGGCGACAAGAGCCCUUACUUCCCGCGGCCGUUGCUCAGUGAAUUCGACUUCCAGAUCCCGGUUGCUAGCGCUAUUCCGAAAGAUUCUAGCGAAUCCGAAGAUACGGUAGCCGAGGGUGCCCGUUUCGAGGAAUCAUUCGUACGUGGAAACGUACUCUUGUCACUCUUCCGCGACCUUCUCUCCUCAACCAAUGCGACGGCAAGCCAGCGCUCUGACUUGGCGCGGAGGGAGCUCGACUUGGAUAAGAAUUUGCUGCAGAUGCUGGCCAUCGAAUGCAGGGAAGGCGAGGAACGUGGUAUGAAGGCGCUGGAGCUGGUUGCCUUGAUGACAGACCGCAACGGUAAGAUGCUGGAAGCGGCCGCUAAGAUUGCACAGCGUUAUGGACGUGGUGUUUUAGAGGACAAGAUCCGCGAUUUGGCUGAACAACGUGUCAUGGGAAUGGGAGACGAUGAUGAACUGGCUUAA